CCCAUGACGAUUCCAUAGACUUCGCCAUUCCAUCGAAUCCCCCCAUAGAGCUGAUCGACAUGGCUCCAGAUAGAGGAUCGCAACACAGCUCAGAGAAUGAAGCCACAGCAGGUGCUCGUGUUAACCAGAAUUUGGAUGGAACGCGGACAGUAUCGCAUUCUCGACUUGCAUCACAAAGAUCAAGGAACCGCAAGUACUUGGCCGAUAGAGCCUCCGAGCCGCAAAACUUUACUCUCCGGGGUGUUCUGGUCGGCCUCGCCAUCGGCGUUGUGAUAUGCUUCUCCAACAUGUAUUUUGGCCUUCAAACUGGAUGGGUUUCCGGAAUGGCUAUGCCCUCAGCAUUAAUUGGAUUCGCAUUUUUCAAAACCAUUUCCCGUGUACUCAAAGUGCCCUUCACGCCUGUGGAAAAUGUGCUAGUCCAAUCGGUCGCUGGAUCUGUCGGUACUAUGCCUCUUGGUUGCGGAUUCGUAGGUGUGAUUCCUGCUCUGAACUACCUUUUGACCCCCGAAGAAAACGGGCCGUUGGAUAUUAGCCUCUGGAGACUCAUAAUCUGGUCUGUGGGAAUUUGCUUUUUCGGUGUCGUCUUCGCGGUGCCACUGCGUCGAGAGGUCAUCAUUAGAGAAAAACUUAAAUUCCCCAGCGGGACGGCGACAGCACUGAUGAUUCAAGUUUUGCAUGGAGAUGAAAAAUCUCAAGAUAUCAUCACCCGGCCGCGCGCCCAAUCUCAAGAAAGGACAGGGGAAGAACAGCAGCUGCUGGGUCCUCCUACUUCAUCAUCUGAAGAGUAUCCAAUGCGCUCGUCAAGCGAAGAGGAGGCAGAUAUGGAACCGGAUCAAGAGGAUGAUAGUGAUUGGAAAGCAAGAAUUCGACUUCUAAUUAUUGCGUUCGCUGGAUCGGCACUCUAUACCAUUAUCUCAUACUUUAUACCUCAUCUUCACGACAUCCCCAUCUUCGGUUUGCCGUUGGCUACGAAAUGGCUCUGGACACUAAACCCGUCACCGGCCUACGUUGGUCAAGGCAUUAUAAUGGGACCGGCGACCACCUUGCAUAUGCUUCUGGGAGCGAUAAUUGGAUGGGGUAUUCUCUCGCCAUUGGCAAAACAUAAAGGGUGGGCCCCUGGACCUGUUUCAGAUUGGACUGACGGUUCCAAAGGCUGGAUCGUAUGGGUAUCUCUUGCUGUUAUGCUUGCAGACUCUCUCGUCAGUCUGGGUUGGCUUGUGCUGCGACCGCUCAUUGCUCUGGCAAAACUCUACUACCCAACCACCAAAGACAUCAUCAAAUCCCACACGUGGAAAGAGAUCCUCACCCUCAACAUCAGCCGCAAUGCCUCAUACACACAACUUGAUAACGAUGAAGACACACCGUCAAAUCCCAUAGCCGCCAUAAAACACCACAUAGCCUCUGAGAAUGAGCCCGAUGCACCUCCUGAGCACCAAAUCUCUACACGCACGACAAUAAUUGGCCUCGUUCUCUCCCUUGCCGCUUGCAUACUCGGCGUUCACAUUUCCUUCCCUAACCUUAUCCCUCUUUCCCUCACUAUUCUAGCGCUUGUGCUUUCCCUAUUCCUCGCCAUUAUGGGUGUUCGCGCCCUCGGCGAAACAGACUUGAACCCCGUCUCAGGCAUCAGCAAGCUAACCCAGCUAGUCUUUGCCCUCGUAACUCCCACCACAGGCCCUGGCGCCAAAAAUGCAGUAAUCAUCAACCUUCUUGCUGGCGCUAUCAGCGAAAGCGCAGCCCUGCAAGCUGGCGAUCUCCUACAAGACCUCAAGUGUGGCCACCUGCUCGGAGCAGCGCCCAACGCGCAGUUUUGGGGUCAGAUGAUAGGAAGUGCUGUUGGUGCAGUGCUUUCCGCCGCUGUAUACAAGCUCUACACCAAUGUGUAUACGAUUCCUGGCGGAUUGUUCGAGGUCCCGACUGGAUACGUGUGGGUUUUCACAGCAAGACUGGUCACAGGAACAGGCUUACCGCCGAUGGUGCGGGAGUGGGCUGCGGGUGCUGCAGUGAUCUUCGCGAUCGGCACCGCAAUUAGGGUGUGGGGAGCUGCGCGGAAGAGGAGCGGAUUGAGCGGGUGGUGGAUUGAUUUCGUGCCGGGUGGAAUUGCGGUCGCUGUUGGCAUGUAUAACACGCCCUCUUUUACACUCGCUCGCACUAUUGGCGGCAUCAUAAGCCUUUGGUGGCGCAGGUACAAGGGUCAGAGUGAGACUCCGAUCAUCAUUCUCGCAAGUGGUCUUAUACUUGGAGAGGGCUUGUUUAGUAUCGUGAACCUUCUUUUGGCGAGCAUGAACGUUCCGCAUUUGUGA